AUGGACGUAGUAGCCGGAGAUCGCAUCCUUGUGAUCGAGGGACGGGCAGAGAACUUUUGGUGGAGGGGGCAGAAUCGACGCACUGGAGAAAUAGCCUCUUUUCCCCGUGAAAUCGUUCGUCUUCAGCGACAUCUGCAAUGUCAAGACAUCAGUCGGCCGAUCGAAAAUUCCUUUGUGCAUGUCGGUCACCACGGCUUCGAGGGCAGGGCUUGGGGCCAUGUUGAUCGUGUCGAUCCUGCCUUCCUUUCGGGUAUCACACCUCAUCACGCGGAUACACUGAGCUACACCUACGCCCGUCAACCUCUCUCCUCCGCUUCGUCCGCCUCUGCCUCCAGCUCGCAGUCAUGGCGACCGCUUGGAACUGCAUCUAGUGGUGGAGCGAGAGGUGGUGGUGGGUCUGGCGCCUCAACUGCCGUCGAGGAGGCGGAAGACGAUGCUGCACCUCAUGUGGAUACCUACGACAAAGCAAGUGGGGAGGGCGAAGACGAACGAGAAAUCCUUGAUGCUGCACCUCAUGGAACUCUUGGUUUAUAUCGACUUCCACCUCCACCAGCAACUUCGGCAACGUCGAAACUGGCAAAGGGUGCGUCAGAAUCAGUCAUCUUCCUUGUGGAUACUUUCGUUGUCCGCAUAGACCUGAAUGGAUUCGAUUUCAGGGAAUCCAUCCUCUCUGAUCUUGAGGCGUCCCUUCGCAACGAGUACUGCUCGUUGGGCCACAGCAGCCUUACCGCUUCCUCUAUGCCUGUGCCCAUCCCACCACCACAAACUUCCAUUCCCACAAAAUCACGGAAUCGUGCUACAACUGCUACAAGUGGAGGUGGUGGUUGGUCGGCACGGGCCUCUUCCCCCUCUUCAACUCUCUCCUCUAUACCCCUCAUUGAUUUCCAUCAGAACUCGGAGGGUGCGGCCAAAUUCCCGGUACCAUCAGCUCCAAUUUACCAACCACAAGCACCGCAGCCAUGCAAUCCCUACUUUCAAGCCGCAUGGAACGCAUGGAUGCGUCAAUCAACAGUCUCUCCCACCGCCGGUGGCACUGCUCCGCAUGUCGCCGAAGACGUGGACCGUAUUUGUCGCCUCUUCGAUGCCACCGCCGUUGCACCGCCUGCCCAUCAGCAGUGCGAGCGAGAGGUACUUGUUGGAGGUAAACAAAACAGUUUCAGCGUCUUUAAGAUGGAUAAGAUUGAAGGUUUUCUGGCUUAUGAGGCUGGUAUGAAUGCGGCUUUACAGAUAGAGGAGGACGCUUUACCUCACUUUUAUGUACGUGCAUUUGAAAGAGAAUCGGGUGAACAGCCCUCCUCUACCACGAAUUCCCCCGCUAUGGCAAAAUUUGAUGAGGCAGAAGUGGAAAUGGUCGUGCGUCGUCUCCCUGGCGGUUGUAGUUCUGCAGAGGCCCUCGAGGCUCUCAACUGUGCCAUCAACUCGCCAACUGCGCGCGACAUUAUCCACCUGCACUCGCCCCCUCCCAUCACCGACGUGAUGGCCCCCGAAGCUCGUGAUUGGCGUGUCAAAGUGGCUUUACGUCUCCUCCUCCUGCGCCGAUUGGUACAGCUUCAACUGUGUACUGAUCUAGAGGUGUGCUGGUCGGCUCUGGAGAAGGCUGAAUGGCAGUAUUCAAAGUCCACCGAGGAAAUAAUAAUAAUGUUUAACAACGACAUUAUCAACGACGUUGCGUUGAAGGGUGAUGACCUCACGACGGCUAUGAACGCAGCUCUUGACUUGGGCUAUCGUUACUACGAUUGUGCGCAUCUCUACGCAAACGAAGCCGAGAUAGGUAACCACUUGAGCGCCUGGAUUCACUCAGGGCGAGUUCUGUGGAACACCUUUCAUCGGCCAGACUUAGUAAAGGUUGCCUGUGAAACAUCAAUAAAGCGACUCCGAGUUGAGUAUUUGGAUCUCUAUCUCAUUCACUGGCCAGUUCCAUAUCAGCCUGGUGAAAUCAUGGUACCAAGAGAUGCUGCUGGAAACACACUGUUUGAUGAAGUGGAUCUCUUGGAUACCUGGAAGGCCAUGGAGGAUCUGGUGACGCUGGGAUUAUGCCACCAUAUUGGAGUGUCAAACUUCAAUGUGAAACAGAUUGAACGAAUCCUGUCGAAUUGUAGAAUUCCACCUGCAAUGCUGCAAGUCGAAAGCAAUGCAACUUUCCCCAAUCAGCCACUCAUCGACUUCGCUCAUUCUAGAGGCAUCCCAGUAACUGCUUAUUACGCUCUCGGCUGCCCCUACCUCCAUUUCAAGCGAGAGGUUAUUCCAUUAAUGGAGCAGCCAUUAAUUCUUGAAUUGGCCGACAAGUAUGGCAAGACUCCUGCUCAGAUUGCUCUUCGUCAUGGACUUCAGCGAGAUCUUUGUGUUAUUUUCAAGAGCAGAACACCAGCCAGACUAUCUGAAAAUCUACAAGUAUUUGACUUUGAGCUCAGCAAAGAGGACAUGAAACGAUUAGAAGAACUAGGCAGUGGAACUAGAGUGCUUAAAGGAGCCGCGUAA